CUCCCCCACCCCACCUGAAGGGAAGGGAGGCGUCGGGGGGCUCCCCCCGCCCUGUCCUGGAGGACCGGGUCAGGCAUUGUUUUCUCGCCUAUUGUUCCAGUCCCGCGCCCCCCACCCCAAGUUGAGGGAGUUUGGAGACAGUCGGGGGCAGUGAGCACACUCCCCGCGCCCGGAACCGCCGCUGUCCGGGCUGUUGCGGGAAUGUUUACCUACGAGGUGUCCCCUCCUGCCGGGUUAUUUUGGUCCCGGCUCCCGGAGGGAGAGGUCAAGGGGGAGUCACCCCCCCUCCCGCUUCCGGAUGCUGGGAGGAGCGUAUGGGGAAGGGAGGAGAAGGGUCCCAGGGGAGAGGGGACUCCUAAAAUCCUCCCGGGAAGCGCUUCGGAAGGGAGAGAGGUUGUGCAAGGGGCCGGGAUCGACAGGAGGGAGGUUUGGAGUUUCCCCCGGCAGCACAUGGUUCGGGAGUUAACUCCUUGAGGAAUCUUGCCGAGGGCGCAGGCUGGCAUCUCCCGCCCGCCUGGCACAGCGGCGGCCCCCCUCCUUCCCGGGGCAGCCCUUAAGGCAGGCGCUGUCGGCUCUUGCCGCCGCUCUCCUAUAGGUUACCUGUACUGCACCUACCCCCAGCCUUGACUUUUGACCUGCCCUAUUAUAGUGAGAGGCAGAAGAUGAGGUCCUUGGACCCCCAACUUUUCGCCUCUUCCUUUACUGGCCCUUUAAGACACCCCCCCCCCUUAACAACACAAACGUGUUCGCCUAUGGUAAUGUUGUCCCUCUAGUUUUCUCUAUUCUGGGUGAUCUCCAGCAGAAACUGGGAAACAGGUCCAGAAAGGAGGGUCUUGUAGACUAGAGUUUAAGGUCAAGUGCUCAGACUUCCUGCCCCUACUUGGAGUGCUCGCUUCUGUGGCUAAAGGCUGUCCUGUGCGCUGUUGGGCAUUCUUUGUGGUCCUGCUGGCCAGUUAGUGACCCCCAGACGAAGGAGCAGCCCCCCCUACUGGAACUGGCUGUAGUCCUUUAGAGUCACCCCCUCCCCCGCCCCCUUACUCUGGGAAAAGCCACUGAUGACAAAUUUGCUCUGUGACUCUCCUCCCCCACCCCCAGCUUGCUAUGGCAUCGUCCAGGUGCCCACAGGACCCUGGUUCUGCCGGAAAUGCGAAUCUCAGGAGCGAGCAGCCAGGGUGAGGUGUGAGCUGUGCCCACACAAAGACGGGGCAUUGAAGAGGACUGACAAUGGAGGUUGGGCCCACGUGGUGUGUGCCCUCUACAUCCCUGAGGUGCAGUUUGCCAACGUGCUCACCAUGGAGCCCAUCGUGCUGCAGUAUGUGCCUCAUGAUCGCUUCAACAAGACAUGUUACAUCUGCGAGGAGCAGGGCCGCGAGAGCAAGGCGGCCUCGGGAGCCUGCAUGACCUGUAACCGCCAUGGAUGUCGACAAGCAUUCCAUGUCACCUGCGCCCAAAUGGCAGGCCUGCUGUGUGAGGAAGAGGUGCUGGAGGUUGACAAUGUCAAGUACUGCGGCUACUGCAAAUACCACUUCAGCAAGAUGAAGACUUCCCGGCACACCAGCGGGGGAGGCGGAGGCGCGGCGGCAGCAGGUGGAGGCAGCGGCACAGGGGGCGGCGGCAGUGGCUUCAUCGCUGGCCGGAGAAGCCGGUCAGCCUCCCCAUCCACCCAGCAGGAGAAGCACCCUUCCCACCACGAAAGGGCACAGAAGAAGAGUCGAAAGGACAAGGAACGCCUUAAACAGAAGCACAAGAAGCGGCCUGACUCACCCUCCAGCAUCCUCACCCCACCCGUGGUCCCCACUGCUGACAAGGCCUCCUCCUCAGCUUCCUCCUCCUCCCACCAUGAGGCCAGCACUCAGGAGACCUCUGAGAGCAACAGGGACUCAAAGGGGAAAAAGUCUUCCAGCCAUAGCCUGAGUCACAAGGGGAAGAAGCUGAGCAGUGGGAAAGGUGUGAGCAGUUUCACCUCCGCCUCCUCCUCCUCUUCCUCCUCCUCUUCUUCCUCCUCUGGGGGGCCCUUCCAGCCUGCAGUUUCGUCCCUGCAGAGCUCCCCUGACUUCUCCGCCUUCCCCAAGCUGGAGCAGCCAGAGGAGGACAAGUACUCCAAGCCCGCAGCCUCCACCCCUUCAGCUCCCCCCUCUCCCUCAGCUCCUGAGCCCCCCAAGACUGACCUCUUUGAGCAGAAGGUGGUCUUCUCUAGCUUUGGGCCCAUCAUGCGCUUCUCCACCACCACCCCCAGCUCAGGCCGGGCCCGGGCCCCAUCCCCUGGAGACUAUAAGUCUCCUCACCUCUCGGGGUCUGGGACCUCAGCAGGCACCCACAAGCGGAUGCCCACACUGAGUGCCGCCCCUGCGCCCGCUGAAGAGACCCCUGAGACAGGUGUGAAGGAGAAAAAGCACAAAGCCAGCAAGAGGAGCCGACACGGGCCAGGCCGUCCCAAGGGCAGCCGGAGCGAGGAGGGUGUCGCGGCCCCAGCUGCUCCCUCCCUGCCUGGGGCCCAACUGGCUGGCUUUACCGCCACUGCUGCCUCACCCUUCUCAGGAGGUUCCCUGGUCAGCUCCGGCCUGGGGGGUCUGGCCUCCCGCACCUUUGGGCCUUCCGGAAGCCUGCCCAGCCUGAGCCUGGAGUCCCCCCUGCUGGGGGCAGGCAUCUACACCAGUAAUAAGGACCCCAUCUCCCACGGUGGUGGAAUGCUGCGGGCUGUCUGCAGCACCCCCCUCUCUUCCAGCCUGCUGGGGCCCCCUGGGACCUCUGCCUUGCCCCGCCUCAGCCGCUCCCCAUUCACCAGCACCCUACCCUCCUCUUCUGCUUCUAUCUCCACCACUCAGGUGUUUUCUCUGGCUGGCUCUACCUUUAGCCUCCCUUCUACCCACAUCUUUGGAACCCCCAUGGGUGUCGUUAACCCCCUCCUUACCCAAGCCGAGAGCAGCCACACAGAGCCAGACCUGGAGGACUGCAGCUUCCGGUGUCGGGGGACCUCCCCUCAGGAGAGCCUGUCUUCCAUGUCCCCCAUCAGCAGCCUCCCCGCACUCUUCGACCAGACGGCGUCCGCACCCUGUGGGGGCGGCCAGUUAGACCCAGCGGCCCCCGGGACAACGAACAUGGAGCAGCUGCUGGAAAAGCAGGGCGAUGGCGAGGCCGGCGUCAACAUCGUGGAGAUGCUGAAGGCGCUGCACGCGCUGCAGAAGGAGAACCAGCGGCUCCAGGAGCAGAUCCUGAGCCUGACGGCCAAGAAGGAGCGGCUGCAGGUUCUCAACGUGCAGCUCUCUGUGCCCUUCCCCGCCCUGCCUGCCGUCCUGCCCGCCGCCAAUGGCCCUGUCGCUGGGCCCUAUGGCCUGCCUCCCCAAGCCGGCAGCAGCGAUUCCUUGAGCACCAGCAAGAGCCCUCCCGGGAAGAACAGUCUCGGCCUGGACAACUCGCUGUCCACGUCUUCCGAGGACCCACACUCAGGCUGCCCCAGCCGCAGCAGCUCGUCGCUGUCCUUCCACAGCACGCCCCCACCGCUGCCCCUGCUCCAGCAGAGCCCUGCUACCCUGCCCCUGGCCCUGCCUGGGGCCCCUGCCCCGCUCCCAGCCCAGCCACAGAAUGGUCUGGGCCGAGCACCUGGGGCAGCGGGGCUGGGGGCUAUGCCCAUGGCUGAGGGGCUGUUGGGGGGGCUGGCGGGCAGCGGGGCCCUGCCCCUCAAUGGGCUCCUGGGGGGGUUGAAUGGGGCUGCUGCCCCCAACCCUGCAGGCUUGAGCCAGGCUGGUGGGGCCCCCGCGCUGCAGCUGCCAGGUUGUCUCAACAGCCUAACGGAGCAGCAGAGACACCUCCUGCAGCAGCAAGAGCAGCAGCUCCAGCAGCUCCAGCAGCUCCUCGCCUCCCCACAGCUGACCCAGGAACACCAGACCGUUGUCUACCAGAUGAUCCAGCAGAUCCAGCAGAAGCGGGAGCUGCAGCGGCUGCAGAUGGCCGGGGGCUCUCAGCUGCCCAUGGCCAGCCUGCUGGCAGGAAGCUCUGCCCCCCUGCUGUCUGCGGGCACUCCUGGCCUGCUGCCCGCAGCAUCUGCCCCACCCCUGCUGCCCGCAGGAGCCCUGGUGGCUCCCUCCCUCGGCAACAACACAAGUCUCAUGGCCGCAGCAGCUGCUGCCGCAGCAGCAGUAGCAGCAGCAGGCGGCCCCCCAGUCCUGACGGCUCAGACCAACCCCUUCCUCAGCCUGUCGGGGGCGGACAGCAGCGGCAGUGUUCCCAAAGGAGGGACCGCUGACAAAGGAGCCUCAGCCAACCAGGAAAAAGGCUAAAUCCAUCCACACCCCUCCUGACCCCCAAAGUGGAAGGGGCAAUCCUGGCUUGAGGGGGUCCUAGCCUGGAGCAGGCACCUGCGCCCAGAUCCUGGAGAGUCCCAGCCCAGAGCACGUGCUGAGACCUGGGGAGUGUGGGGUGCGCCUGGUGCUGAGGACUGAGACCCAGAGGGGAGCUCCUUCUCUCUGGCCCUUUUCCCCUCUGCAGAGACCCUUUGUGAGGGGCUCAGAGGGAGGACGGGCUCCAAGCUGACCCAGGGGCCCCUCUCAACAAACGUGUUGAGGUCCUCCAGGGAGCACAGUGGGCCACGGGAUAAGUGGGGGGUUGGUCGGACCCACCACAUAAAAUGGAUCAGCACUUGAUGGGACAGGUCCUGGGCCUGCCCCUGCGCAGAAAUCUGUUGAGGAAGAAGGGGUGGCCCUACUGGACCUGCAGUUCUUCCCAACUUGGGCAGAGGCAGGAGGGACCCCUUAGACUGUUUCUCACCUGUCUUCUUCCCCUGCCCACCCCCUCCCCCAGGGUCACAAGCUGAGCUUGUAAAAGCCCACAGACUAGGAGGCUGAGGAAGGGGCAGGGUGGCCUCAAACUCAGCCCAAGCCUCCCCACCUCUGGGGGAAGCCCAAUGAUGGGUUGGGGGGCGGAAACCCAACCCCCUGGGUGCCCUGCCCCUUUUUGCACUAUUGGAUAUUGGAUUUAGGAGUGCCGAGGGUGGGGAGAUGGAGUUAGCUGCGUGUGUGUGUGCGUGUGCGUGUGCGUGUGUGUGUGCGUGUGUGUGUGUGUGUGUACACACGUGUGUACGUCUGUCUCCCCCAACCUGGGGCAGCCGAGGACAGGGAUAGGAGCAGUGCUCAGAAGGGGGGCUCCCAGCUCUUGUUUGCACCCUCACCAACUUUGGUCCCUUUCUGGGGCAUGCGUGGUUAACAGAAAUCAGAGCAGGACUCCAAUAUGGGAGAGUGACUGGGGGCUGAGGGCUUUGAAUCAGGGUAAAUCCUGCCUUCCCUUCCGCCGAUCCCUCAUGCUCUUAGUGCCCCCUCAGAGCUCCCCUCCCUCCACUAGAGUUGGUCCUGCUUCCCUGGCACAAGGGGAGCCCCAGGGAUUGGGGGACAGAGCAAGGGAGGGUCAAGUGCCACUUCCUUUUGUGAAGACCUCCCUCCCAGAACUAGCCAGCCUACUUCCUGCACCAGACCGCCACCUCCACCAACCAGGGGAGACUUACGCUUAAGCUGACCUACAACUGUCCCUUCACCCACCAGCUGUUUCCCCUCGGGGUAUAGUGGGCAAUGCUUAGAUUCUCACCUGACGGAGUCCCACCUGCCCAGAGCCUUUGGUGGCAAAGGCCUAGGAGCCAGUGGGACAGCCAGGAGAGGGGCAAGGUGGAAGCCUGUGUCUGUUUCAGUUGCACUGGGGUUGGAGCCAGGAGAAGGCAUUUCCAGCUUUCCCUGAUGCUCAUGUCUUGUCAGUCUCUUUGCAUGUGUGGAUGUGUGUGUGUGUGUGUGUGUGGAUGUGUGUGUGUGUAUGUUCCUGUUUGGGUUUUUGUUGUUGGUUUUUGUUUUUUUUAAUAAAGAAAAGAAGAUGUGUAUAUUUUUGGCAAUGACAGAAACGUAGUGCAGAUAUAUUUUUGCCUGUGCUGCUCAACUGGUUUUUUUCUGAUACUGAAAAUAAUAUUAAUAUUACUGUUGAUAAGACUUUGUAAUAUGUUAGGGAGCUGAUAAUGGAGGGGGUGGGGUGGGAAUCCUUCCAAGGCAAUUUCUUAGGCCCUUGCAAGGGCUUGGGGGGAGGGGUGCAGUUGUGAUGACCUCAGAAAUACUCACUUUUUAUUAAUGCUAAAUAUCAGGAAGAAAGGAUAGAAUUCAGCAUUGUGUUAAUCUUCAUCUGUUAAGCUAUCUAACUCCCUGCCCCCAAAUCACUGAGAAGAAAAACAACUUUUUCAGAGA